ACGGAGCGCACGUGCGCUGCGGCUCUUACGAAUAACUCUUAAAGUUUAAAGUGUGCGGUUGACUUUAACGCGUGUUUUUUUUAUUAACGUUCUAGUGCUGUGUGAAGGAUUGCUUUUGUGAACAAGGAUAUUUUUAUUGACAUUUAUAAGUGCGAAAUUUUGGCUUGAAAUAAGCUCAGGAUACGAUCGUGUGGGUCUCCGUUGUACGAGUUUUAAAACCCGCCGCCAAGCUGUCUACCGCAAAUGAGAUUAAAACCAUUUACCACGUGGAUGCGCUUAUAGGUCGGUGGCGCACGAGCCCGAUGAGCGCGUGCGCAGCGGCCGCCAUGCGCGAAAAGCACGCGGCGCCGCGCCGCCUCGCCUCCCCGCCCACCUCGCCGCACGAUCAUGUCUCCAGCCCUCUCGGCUCACCGCGCGCCGACGAGCCACUCGACCUCAGGGUCACCCACAAGCGCCCGCAGCGUCUCGAGGAUGAAAACUGCAACCUCAUCACGCCCUCGCCGCCGCCGCACCCUACGCACCCGGCCCACCCGGCCCAUCCGGCCCUGCUCCAAUUCUGCCGACGGUUGCCCCUGGCGCUGCCGGCGCCUUUCGGCCGCUACCCAUUCUUGCCGGCCGCGGCGGCGACCCUGCUCGCCCCGGGCGCCCCUCGUGCACCCCCGGUGCCCGCCAGCCCCGGUGCGCCGAGAGCACGGGAUCGCUACACGUGCUCCUACUGCGGGAAAGCCUUUCCACGCAGCGCUAAUCUUACUCGUCACCUAAGAACGCACACCGGGGAGCAACCUUACCGCUGUAAAUAUUGUGAACGCUCUUUCUCAAUAUCGUCCAACUUACAACGGCACGUAAGAAAUAUCCAUAAUAAGGAACGACCGUUCAGAUGUCGUCACUGUGACCGCUGCUUUGGACAACAAACUAAUCUCGACAGGCAUCUUAAAAAGCACGAAGCGGAAAAUGGUGAUGAUAACCGUCGGAGAUCUCCAGACGAGACGUACUUUGAGGAGAUCAGGUCGUUUAUGGGACGAGUGGCUCCCGCGCGUCGCGUCGCCGCCGCUGCCAACGCCGCCGACCACACCUGAUAGUGGACCGACGUAAUCCACCUGUUACUAUAAUCUGGUCGAAACAUCCAAAUGACUCUUGUGUAGACUUUACUGAACUUUUGAUGGUGUGUGUGUUGUAUCUCAAUAAAGCUUCCAGUGUUUUCAAGCUAGACUUGAAGAAUUGUAAAAAUAUAUCUAAUAUUACGACAAAGCAACUAGAUGCUCUCAAACAUGAAAUGUUUUAAACGGCUCUCUAAGACAUGUCACUAAUUUUAUUAAGAAGCUAAGAAAGCAUACAACAAUUGUCAACGCUUUGCUUCUAGUUAAUGUCAUAAAAUUCACAUGAUUGUUACCUAUUUUAUUGACGUAAUUCCGAAAUCGCUGUAAGUUGUAACCUAGUUUCUAGGAAGCAACUGGCCUAUAUGUAGGCUUAAAUUGUACUCCGAAGUGAUAUCACGUCGUGUAGGUAGUGUUGUAAAUAGUGUGGAGCUCUCGUUCAAAGUAACAUAGUAUCCUUACCGAAUCAAUUUACCGGUAGAGUUAUAGGUUUUACAAACCCGCACUAGAUGUACUUAUAAAUAAUUGCUCUUGUCGUGAAAGACAUUAAAUAGGUAUUUUGCCUAGUUAUUUUAAGCCUCCAGAGUGUUCGCUAUAUUUUAAUAACAAUUUAAAUAUAUAUAGUUAUUGUCUGAAUGUAUGUAAGAAUACUGUUAGUAUUUUUUUGUAAAUUUGCUUUAGUCGUUAUAAGGUAAUUAGUAUUAUUAGUCUGAGAGGAAACGCCGGUUACCAAUAAAAUUAUAACUUGUUGUUUAUUAAAGAUAUAAAUAUUUUUAUAAAAUGUUAGAAAAGUUAUUAAAAAUUAUCUAAUACCUGGGAAUUUUAUGUACUUUACUACUGCGUAAAUUAUUUAAUCCAGGGCCCACCGCGCCCUUCGUUAAGUUUCACGAUUACGCGAUUUAUAAGCAUAUUUUGAGAUUGUAAAUUAAGAAUUUAUCAAAAAGAGAUUAUACAGCAUUCGAAGAAAACUAUUUAGGUAUUUUCUCCAAAUUAAGAUUAAGAUUAUAAAUCUGUGAUUUAAUUGUUAUCUUUUGAGUUAAAAUUGGGACAAGAUAAUCAUGUUUUCUCACACACCAUAAAACCUUAUGGACGCAGUUUCUCAAAGAACUAAUCUAAACGUUCCUUUAAGUAGGUAUAGAUAGAUCUCUAUUAUUGUUACGAGUAUAAAGUUGGCUAGAUGUGCCUUUACUGCCUUGUCAAUCUCACUGAACGACUAAAUAUAAUAUUAUUUAUAUGCAUUUGACAUAUGUUAUUACUGAGAUGUUUAUAAUGCUAGUUAUUAUUUCCUUUUCCAAGAAUUUGGGAUACUCUCGAACAUGACAGUACAACAGUCUAUGAAAACAGAAAUUGAUAUUUUGUUUAAAAAUACUGAGUUAUAUAUAAUGUUUUUCCUAUCACUAUCACUCCAUAAGUUCAUAAUUUUUGUAAAGAAUGCAUACAGUGUAGAGUAUAUGUUUUAACUAAAAAUACAAUUUAAAUACCUAUUAUUAUUUAUCUUAUUAAGUGACUUUCCAAAACAGCUUGUAGUUUUCAUAGAAAAAUAAGCCUUUUUGAAAGUCAAUCCUUAGAUAUCAAUUACUAAAGCAGUGAUCUUCUAUGGCGUUGUCGAUUCUCACCAAUAAAUAAGAAUAUUGUAAAAUUGUUGUGUUUGACAGAAUCCCAAAACAAAGUUGCUCCUACUGAGGAAGUUACCUUUAACUUUGUACUUCUCACAAUUUGUCGCGCCUUAAUCUGCUAGUAUACUCGUACCAAAUGUCUUUCAUUCUGAAAUAAUCUAUUUAACUUAUCACUAGGAUGUGCUAAGAGGUAAAGAUAUGUUGAUGUCAUUUUGUACUUUUGAUACCUACCUAUUAGUCGUUCAAAGGUCACCGAUUACCUUGUCAAAAUGAAAUAAAUAGCUAUAAAAAUA